GAGUUGCAGGAGCUUAAGGCGCAGAUUCAGAAGUUAUUACAACUCGGUUUCAUUCGACCGAGUGUGUCACCUUGGGGAGCACCCAUUCUCUUUGUCAAGAAGAAGGACGAAUCCAUGCGCAUGUGUAUCGACUACCGGGAUCUGAACCGGUUGACGAUCAAGAACAAGUAUCCGCUUCCCAGGAUCGACGACUUAUUUGAUCAGCUGAGGGGAGCCUGUGUGUUUUCAAUGAUUGAUUUACGAUCAAGCUACCACCAGCUGAAGAUUAAGGAGUCAGAUAUCGCUAAGACCACUUUCAGGACUCGUUACGGCCAUUACGAGUUCGUCGUUAUGCCAUUCGGUCUCAGCGAUGCUCCAGCAGUUUUCAUGGACCUCAUGAACCGUAUUUUCCAUCCCUACCUCGAUCAGUUUGUUAUUGUCUUUAUUGACGAUAUUCUUAUCUACUCGAAGAGCCAGAAGGAGCACGAGGAGCAUCUGAGGGUGGUUCUCGAAACCCUCAGACGAGAGAAGUUGUUUGCAAAAUUCUCACAAUGCGA